AUGCAUCAAUAAUUGCCGCCAGAAUAACUUGAGAGACUUAUAUGUUUAGAAGCUAGAAUACAUAAAAAAUCUAAGGAAGAAAUACUUUAGGAAUAAUAUCUUUAAACAGAAAAAAACAAAUAAAAUGAUGAAAAUGAUAAUCAUUAACCUAAUACUGAUCCUAUCAAAUAGUCUGAAGAUCAAAAAUGCUCUUUUUAAAGUGAAAAUUCCCCUGAUAACUUUGUUAUUUCUUAAGUAAUGAGCCCAGUUCAUAAGAAAACUAAUUAUGUGACAAAAAAUUCUUAGUAGAAAAAAAAGAAAAAACAGAAGGAAACUUAAUAAAAAGAUGUGAAUUUAUUUAAAAUUAUUAGAUUACUCAAUAUUUGCAAGCAUAAAAGAAAUAAUAGAAAGUUAUAAAAGGAGAAUAAAAACUUAUUGAAUAUUCAAUAUAAGAUUCUCCAUUUAAGAAUAAGGUUUGUCCUCCAAAUGAUCCAGCAAUUGAAUACUAAUUAAAAGAAAAGCAAAACAAAAUUGUUAUUUAAGAGAUACGAAUCAAGGAACUUGAGACAUUGAAUAUAGAAUUAAAGGAGACAAUAUCUGUAUUUAUUAAAGACUUAAAUGAAGACUCUCACUAAUUAAUAAGUUAAAAUGCAAGAAAUAGUGAAAUAAUUAGCCAUCGAUAAUGAAAAACUAAAAAAAUAAUAGUUACAAAUUUAAAUUAAAAAUAAUCGUUUUAGGUUAGGAGAGUUUAAUCUUUAAAGGGAAAAAAUAAAUAUUAUUGAUGUGUGGGUAGAUGGAUAAGAAAUAAAAGAUACGAGAGAAUAAGCCAAAAAUCUUGAAAACUCAAGAUUAGAAUUAGAAAAUAAAAAGAAAAAUCCAAAAAAUAAAGAAGAUGCUGAUAUAAGAGCUAUUAAUGUCAAAUUAAAUUUUCUAGCAAAAGAAGAAUUAUUAAUAUAAGAAAAACUUGAAAAAUUAGAAACAGAGAAAAUUUUACAUAUAAAAUAAUUAAAAAGAUUGUAUGAGGAAGAACAUGCAAGAUUUACUAAAAAUAAUGAUUAUCCAAUAAUUGGAUCAAGAUAUUAAAUUUUGUCUCUUUUAGGUAAGGGAGGAUUUAGUGAGGUUUAUAAAGUAAUUAGUCUGAAUUAAUUAGGCAUUCGAUUUACAAGAUUUUAAAGAAGUUGCAUGUAAAAUUCAUUAACUAAACUCGAAUUGGUCUGACAAUGCCAAACAAAAUUACAUUAGACAUGCAAUUCGAGAAAAUGGAGUUCAUAAGGAGCUUAAUCAUUAAAAUAUUGUAAAGCUCUAUGAUUCUGUUGAAAUAGAUAAAACAUCUUUUUGUACUGUUUUAGAAUUAUGUGAUGGUCCAGAUUUAUCUUAUUACAUAAAAAAAUAUAAAUCUUUUCCAGAAAAGGAGGCUAAACUAUUAAUAUCUUCUAUUAUAUCUGCAAUUAAAUAUCUGAAUAAUCAUAAAAACAAAAUUAUUCAUUAUGAUUUGAAACCUCAAAAUAUUUUAUUUCAUUAAAAUGAUUUAAAAAUUUCAGAUUUUGGAUUAUGUAAAGUUUUGGAAGAUGAUAAUUCUAAAUUACAAUUAACUUCUUAAGGAGUAGGAACAUAUUGGUAUUUGCCUCCUGAAUGCUUUCAUAUGGGUGAUUAACCACCUAAUAUUUCAAGCAAAGUGGAUAUUUGGAGUAUAGGAGUCAUUUUCUUUGAAAUGCUUUUUGGAUAAAAACCUUUUGGAUAGGGAUUGAGUUAAGAAAAAAUAUUAAAAGAAUAGGUAAUAAUAGUAUUAUGAUUAUAUUAGAUUAUAAUAAAAUCUCAAACAGUAACUUUUCCAUAAAAACCAGUUAUUUCAAAUGAAUGCAAAGAGUUUAUCAGAGGGUGUUUAGCUUAUAAUUAAGUAGAUCGAUUAGAUGUUUAAUAAGCUUCUAAUCAUCCUUACUUUCUUAAAAAAUUGAAUUGA